AUCUUCCCCGGUCAUUACACAAAAACCUGGAGCAGCGUCCAAAGGUUGUCGCGCGCUGUCAUCAAGGGGCGAUAAUUAAAACCCGGUUUGAGAAAUGGAUUCAGCACGGGACCGUGUCCUCUCUGAGUACCGGCGGAUUGUGGAGAAUGGAGACAGGAGGACGGAUCCGUGGCCGCUGGUGUACUCUCCCGUCCCGGUGACUCUCAUCGUUCUGGGUUACCUCUGUGUGGUCUGGGCCGGUUCUCGUCUGAUGAAAAACCGGAAGCCUUUUGAGCUCAAAAUAGUCCUCAUCGUUUAUAACUUCGGCAUGGUUGGCUUCUCUGCAUACAUGUUCCACGAGUUCCUGGUCACAUCGUGGCUCUCAAACUACAGCCUGCUCUGUCAGCCAGUGGAUUACAGCAAUAGACCACUGGCCUUGAGGAUGGCCAGGGUUUGUUGGUGGUUUUUCUUUUCUAAGAUCAUAGAGCUCCUUGACACGCUCUUCUUCAUCUUGAGGAAGAAGAAUAGUCAGCUGUCCUUCCUUCAUGUUUAUCAUCAUGGCAGCAUGAUCUUAAACUGGUGGGCAGGAGUGAAGUAUGUGGCUGGAGGACAAUCUUUCUUCAUCGGCCUUGUCAACACCUUCGUCCACAUCAUCAUGUACACUUAUUACGGCCUGUCUGCGUUCGGUCCUAACAUGCAGAAGCACCUUUGGUGGAAGAAAUACCUCACUAUGCUGCAGCUGCUGCAGUUCCUGCUCUUCUUCCUUCACACCGGCUACAACCUGAUCACUGAGUGCGACUUUCCAGACUCUAUGAACAUAGUGGUGUUUGCUUAUGUUCUUACCCUCAUAAUGCUCUUUUGUAACUUCUACUAUAAGCAGUACCUGCUCAAGAAAAAGCGGAAAUGAGGCAACAUCAAACUCUUUAUUUUUUGGGGGGGGAAGCUACGUCAUUACCCAGAAUCGCCAGUAGACAUGUGUCUUCUGCAGUAUUAUCCUGUCCACUAGAGGGCACAACCAGCUCACAAGUCUUGAGGAGUUUUUUUUUUUCUGAACAGACUCAUAAACAAUGUGAACUGUUUCAGUCUGUGUGAUUUUAUUUUCUUAAAUGACACUCAAAUGGUUGUUGUAAACAAACUGUACAUUUUAUACACAUAAUAACAAUAUUAUUAAUAAUGAUAAUCAUUAUAAUUGGAGGCCUGGUUGUCUCUGCAGUAUUACAGGACUAUUGAGCCAGAAACCACCAUCCAAAAUAAAUUCAAACACAGGAAGAAAACAUUUAACACUUACAGAAAUGCAACUUUUUUUUGUCACUGAUAAAAACAUCACAGCAAAAUGAUAUAUUUUACACUUCAGUCCACAAAUAGUGGAAGCUGUAGAUUAAAGAGAAAAAUGUGGUUCAAAUGGUGAACAACACAUCUCAUGUUAUUUGAAAUUCAAACUAUGAACUGAAGACAGUCUGGUUCUGCUGUAAUUAAUUUCAGUAAAGGAUGAGAACUUUGCUCAAAUACAUUUCCAGAACAUGACGUGAAAAACUGUCUAUGUAAACAUUGCAGAUUUAAAAUUUCUGCCUUGAGUUGUGAGAUCUAUUCAUCAUAUCUGUUCACUUCAAUUUUGCUGAUGCCGCCGAAUUAGAGAUGGGGCACGGGAGAAGAAAUAUGUGCAUUUUAUUUUGCUAGACAUUGUCAAGUUUUCUGCCUGGUAACAAUAAACUGGCUGAAAUCAAACCUCAGGUAUAUCCUGAUCUAAAGUGACCUCUUUUCCAAUUGGAAAAAAUUAUCUGCCGAUAUUUCACUUAAACUGGCUUUUCAAAUUACAAUUUGUCAGAUGGGAUGUUUCUCCAUAAUUUUAUACAUGUUUUUUUUUUUAUCAUGUAAAUCAUUCCA